GCUCGGCGGGAGUUGUAGUGCGCAGCGGGCGGAGGCGGCCGGGCCGGCCCCGGGGCGGACUACAAGUCCCAGGCGGGGCGGGCGGCGCUGCGGCGACGAUGCAGGCUGAGUCGGGGAUCGUGCCGGACUUCGAGGUGGGCGAGGAGUUCCACGAGGAGCCCAAGACGUACUACGAGCUGAAGAGCCAGCCCCUCAAGAGCAGCAAUUCCGAGCAUCCUGGCGCUUCCAAGCCUCCCUUAAGCUCCUCCAGCAUGACCUCACGAAUCCUGCUACGCCAGCAGCUCAUGCGUGAGCAGAUGCAGGAGCAGGAACGUCGGGAGCAGCAGCAGAAGCAGCAAGCAGCUCAGUUCAUGCAGCAGCGAGUACCCGUCAGCCAGACACCUGCCAUCAACGUCAGCGUCCCCACCAGCCUGCCGCCUGCCACCCAGGUACCCAUGGAGGUCCUCAAGGUGCAGACUCACCUUGAGAAUCCAACCAAGUACCACAUUCAGCAAGCCCAGCGGCAGCAGGUAAAGCAGUACCUCUCUACCACUCUGGCAAAUAAACAUGCCAACCAAGCCCUGAGCUUGCCGUGUCCAAACCAGCCUGGUGAUCAUGUCAUGCCACCUGGAACUGGGAGCAGCGCACCCAACAGCCCCAUGGCUAUGCUCACCCUUAACUCCAACUGUGAGAAAGAGGGAUUUUAUAAAUUUGAAGAGCAAAGCAGGGUUGAGAGUGAGUGCCCGGCUCUGAAUACACACUCACGAGCAUCAUGCAUGCAGAUGGAUGACGUGAUAGAUGACAUAAUUAGUCUGGAGUCAAGUUACAAUGAAGAAAUCCUUGGCCUGAUGGACCCAGCCCUGCAAAUGGCAAAUACGCUGCCUGUGUCUGGCAAUUUGAUUGACCUUUAUGGCAACCAAAGCAUGCCUCCUCCAGGACUAAACAUCAGCAACUCGUGUCCGGCUAAUCUUCCUAAUAUAAAAAGAGAGCUCACAGCAUGUAUUUUUCCUACAGAGUCAGAAGCGAGAGCGUUGGCUAAGGAAAGGCAAAAGAAAGACAAUCACAACUUGAUUGAAAGAAGAAGAAGAUUUAAUAUUAACGACCGUAUAAAAGAGCUAGGCACUUUGAUACCCAAGUCAAACGACCCGGAUAUGCGCUGGAAUAAGGGAACUAUCCUGAAAGCAUCCGUGGACUACAUCCGUAAGCUGCAGAGAGAACAGCAGCGCACGAAGGAGCUUGAGAACAGACAGAAGAAGUUGGAACAUGCCAACAGACACCUGCUGCUCAGAAUACAGGAACUUGAGAUGCAAGCUCGGGCACACGGACUGUCCCUUGUCCCAUCUACAGGCCUUUGCUCCCCUGAUAUGGUCAACAGGGUCAUCAAACAAGAGCCCGUGCUGGACAACUGCAACCAAGACAUGAUGCCACACCACACAGACCUGUCUUGCACUACCACGCUCGAUCUCACCGAUGGCACCAUCACCUUCAGCGACAACCUUGGAAACGUGACUGAACCCACUGGCACCUACAGUGUCCCUGCAAAAAUGGGAUCCAAACUGGAAGACAUCUUGAUGGACGAUACCCUCUCCCCCGUCGGAGUAACUGACCCACUCCUUUCCUCUGUGUCCCCUGGGGCAUCGAAGACGAGUAGCAGGCGGAGCAGCGUCAGCAUGGAGGACACCGAUCAUGCUUGUUAGCAUAUCCUUGGCACCCCUUCACAAACUGCUUUGUUUCCUGAUCAGUAGAUGAAAUGAUUUACCUUUUGUAGAAUUGUUUUUUAUUUUACUAUAUUUUUUCCCCUCCUUGUGCUUCAUCAGUAGCCCUCUCUCUCUCUCUCUCUCUCUCUGUGUGUGUACAUAUUAUAUAUAUAGGGUUUUUUUUUAGACUUUUUUUGGUGAAGAAUCUUGUAUAUUCUAUUUUAAAACUACCAAUGCCUCCAACACAUUGUACAGCCCAUGUACAGUAUCUGUGAACUGGAUCUGCCAAGAACUUUGAACUGCUCAAAACCUACUCAAAGCAAUAGAAUUACAAACGAAGAGUCCCUUUCUACUGGAGGAGAGGAGGGAGGGGGAAUUGUAGAAUUGUAAAUGCAACCUAUUUACUUGGAAACAAAAUGUAAAGUUCAAGAAUGUAAAGAAACCAAAAAGAAAAAAAAAAAAGAAAGAAAAAAACCCAACAAGAGAAAGUCCAAUUUGUUGUUGUAUUAAUUGACUAGCGCUGCCUUAAAGAUACAGUGUCCCUCAAACGUUGGUCUUGAUGUGACAAGGUGUUUAGGGGAAAAUCCCUACCCUACUCCACUCAGAAUCCAAACAACAAAGUGUUAAAGCAUCCUGAUUGUGUUGAUUGUGGUACAAAACGCUGCUGCUGAAAGUGGCAGGGGGAUGAGAGUCUCUUCCUCGGAGCGCUCUUUUCAUUUCACCUGGAGCUGAUUUUGGGUUUUCCUUUCCAUCACGGUUCAAGGUUCCAGUUGGUUUUCUCUCUUUUUUUUUUACCUUCUUAGGUAUUCUUUUUUUUUCAGUUGUGUAGCAGGCAUCAGUGGCUUGCCAGCAGCAAACCGAGCAGGAGCACUGUAAGUUGGCCACAUGCUCUGUGGACAGGAGAAAAAAGACAAGCAGAAGAUAGGUUUUUAUCAGCUGAACACAUUCUGUUGUACAUAUCUUAACUGGCUUUAUUUUUUGUAAUGGCAUUGUACAGGUUACUUUGAUUUGCAUGGAUACCUUAGUUACCCUCAACUUUUUGUUCUCAGUAUUUGUAUUUCAUUUGCAAGAGUUUUUUGUUGUUGUUACUUGUGGGUGGGGUUUUUUUUUUCCUCCCUCCCUCUUAAAUAUUGCAGCAUUUUUUUUUUUUCCCCUUGGGACAUUUUUAAAGCUCAUUGGAAGUUUUCUGGGUUCUUUGUAAAACACUUGAAAGGAAGCUUUUAUGCAGGGUUCUGUGUUUUAAAGAGAGAUUUUGAGAAUAUUUUGUAUAUUGCAGUCUCACUUUGCAAAUGUUUUUAAACACAUUUAAGGUAGAGUACAAAUUUUAGAUUAGGUAAAUAGAACAACUCUGUAGAGAAACUGAACUCACAUAUUUAUUUUUAGUGCUACAGACAAAAAGUAGUAAGAUGCUUGGAAACAUAACUAUGUAGUUAAUAUACCCGUUAGAGUAAUCUGUGUUUUAUUUCAGCACUGGCUGAUAGAAGACAACAGAAUGAAACAGACAAAUGAAAAAAGCAAAGAAGAAAACACAUAAACAGAAGAGUAAAUUACUGUAUCUGCAAAUAACUGUUACUUGAUAACGAUGUUAUUGAUUUUUAACAUGCAACCAUGUUGUAAAAGUAGUUUGGUGCAUUAUCUACUCAAGUGUAGUCCUAUGCAAUAAUGGUAGUUAUCCUUGUAUUAUACCAAGCCUAGGUGUUCUCCAGAGGUGACCUGUGGUGUUCCAAGCUAGAUGGACAGAGUGGAUUUCUCCAUAGCAGCCUACAGCUGACUCGCAAGCGGCAGGCGAGCGUAUCUGGUUCAGAAUGAAGUGCCUUAAACUCUAGUUGUAGUCUUCCUCGACUAGCACUGACUGAAGUGUGGUGUAGGAGAGAGCUUUAGGGUGGUGUUUUGUAGGACCUUGAGGUGUAGCAUGGUGCCUAUGGUAGUAAGCAAAGAGCUUCCCGUUCUCCUUUUGUGCUACACUGGAAGUGACAUAGGAUAAACGAAACGGUUAGGGACUUGAGUGCCAGUUUGGCAGGCUUUGGAAGGAAACCUUGGGCACAGCAGUUAGUGUUCAGGAAUCAAAUGUGAAUUGGGUAGAGAUGGGACAGCUGGGGACAAGGAUGGGAGGUCCCAUAGCUUGCAGUGCAGCUUGCUGAGCUUUCACCCAAACGUUUCCCCAUGGAAGAGUUCUUGAAGCAUGACCUGCCCAGCCCCACUCCUGGUGGUGAGGGAUGUGAGGCUGGGUGGGAUGUGGCUUGCUGAACAGUUCUGCAGGGUCUCCCUUCCUCUUGCUCUUCCUGAUGCUCUUGCUGGCUGUGCCCAGCCAUCUCUGUUUCUGCUUGAGCUGUGUGUUAGCAUUGAUGCAACCACUGGGUUGUGGCUUUGUUCUUCUGUUUUUUCACUUUCUGAAGGAGGAGCUGGAGUUAGAUUGUAAUGAUGCCUCCCCCCCCCCCAGCCAAGGCAGCUCUUGGGAAUGUGUCUUUCCUAGGGGAGUGAAGCUCUGGCCCAGGACAUGACCCAGGAGCCUGCAGGAUGCACCACAGCUGUCACGGUCCUCAGACAGGGAAGAAAUUCCCUGUGAGGCAGUUGUGCCAUCAUUGGCUCUGAGCUGCGUGUGCAGGCACAGGCUUCUGGUGCUGCCAUUUGGUGAUAGGUAAAGAAAAUCAGGACUGUAAAAUGCUUGUAGCUGUAGCACAGGGUUGGGUUACCCUUCCCCACUGAAAUGGGACAGCUGUACAGCAUUGUGCAAAAUCAGAGUGUGCACACUUGAGUGUAGUAACAAAACCACUGAGUGUAUGGAUUGAGGCUUUUGGGUUGAUGCCUGUGCUGGGCAUUCAGGAAUUGGAGUCUAGACUGUGGGAUAGAAAUAUUUUUCAAGCUCAUGUGAAACCACUGGUACUUGCAGCCAGCCAUGACUUCGGAUUCUGGGUGAAUGCUGUGUGGAGGUGAGUUAGGAUUCAAGGAAAACCAUUACAUCAAGAGCUGGACUUCUUGAUACAAGUCUCUGCGGCCCCAGCAGCUGUGCUGUGUGCUCUCCCUACGUUGUGUUGCUCUGGGGUAACACAGACUUGGCUAUGCCCUGCUCACUCUUCACCCCAUGUUUCCUUAGGCUGCAGCCUUCCUCUGAGUUUGCCCAUCCAUUGAAGGGAAGCAUGUUGAGACUGCAGUGGGGACAUCUCUGGGAGACACAGACCUCCAGACAGGUGCUGACUGGAGAUGUCUCUGCCUGUGUGCACAUUGUGGAGUGUGUGGCCGUGACGUUUUGCAGGGGCUCAGUGGCAGAGGACAGAGAUGGCAGUUACUGGCAGGGUUUGGUAUGAACUUAGGUGGGAGUGGGAUGGAAAAAGGUGUUGCCCGGUCUGAUGGCAUCUUGCAUGCUGCAGACCUUCCCCUGGGCGGGUGGACAGGAUACCUACCAGUUCUCACUUUGCCAAAGCCAUGCAACCAGCAGGAACAUGCAGAGUACCAUGAAGUUCUUCCUUACUGCUUUCGGCUUAUACAGCAAUAUUUAACUCUUACAACCUGUAAAAGCAAAAAGAAGGUACAUAAGGAAAGCACAAAGCACAAAAUAAUGCACUUACAUUUAUGUUGUUUGACAUAAAAUGCACUGGGGGGGAAGCUGAUGUUGAUAAUAGUAUAAAUACCUAUAUUUCUUGGAGAAGUGACAUUAAUUACUGCCUCUUGCUAUGAUGCUUGGUACUGUAAUGUUGAUAUUCAUCUGCUGUUGACUGCAGCAAUAAUUUGUGUAUGGUCCAUAGCACUGUAAAUUAUGGAUCAAUAUUAAUGUAUCCAAUGGAAUAAUUUGAACUGUUGUUCUUGAUAGAUGGAUUAAAGCAUUUGGUUUUUCACA